AUGACUAAGAUCGCACUCAUCGGUGCCGCGGGCCAGAUAGGCACACCACUGAGCUUGCUAUGCAAAACUAGUGACCUUUUUGACGAGAUCUCCCUCUACGAUCUCGUUCAUGCCCCCGGUAUUGCAACGGAUCUGAACCACAUCGACACCAGGGCCGUGGUCUCUGGCUACCUUGUCGAAGGCGAUGGACUGAAGAAGGCGUUGCAAGGGGCCGAUUUCAUUGUUGUCACAGCCGGUAUCGCGCACCUGUUCAAGACCAACGCAAGCAUCAUCCGCGACAUAUUCACCGAAAUUGCCAGAACGUCCCCCCAUGCGAUUAGCUGCGUCGUCACCAACCCCGUCAAUUCGACCGUCCCCGUGGCAGCCGAAGCCCUCCGGAAGGAAGGUGCCUUUGACCCAACCCGCCUCUUCGGAGUCACGACACUCGACGUUGUGCGAGCCUCGACCUUCAUCGCUCACGCUCUGGGCGGUGGUGCCGAUCCCAAGAACUUCAAGGUGCCCGUCGUCGGGGGCCACAGCGGUGGCACCAUCCUGCCGCUCUACAGCCAAUCGGAGCCCAAGGUCGAUGUCGAUGCUGAGACGUUGGCUAAGGUUAUCCACAGGGUUCAGUUUGGUGGCGACGAGAUUGUGCAAAGCAAGCAGGUCGCUGGCAGCGCAACAACCUGCAUGGCCUACGCUGGAUUCAGGUUCGUCAAGGCUCUUCUGGCGGCCAGGGCGGGCACGCCCGUCACAGAGGAGGCCUACGUCUACCUGCCCGGUGUGCCAGGUGGCAAAGAGAUUGCCGCGAGGCUUGGAGUCGAUUAUUUUGCUGUCAAGAUCGAGCUGGGCCCCAAGGGUGCUAAGCAAGCAUUGGACUUUGGUGCUGUGUCGGAAGACGAGAAGAAGCUGUUGGAAGUGGCAGUAAAGGAUCUUAAGGUCAACAUCCAAUCUGGUCUGGCUUUCAUGGCUGCAUAG